GAGAAACAGACUGGAAAACCACAGACAGUUGUGAGCUCUGUUUUACCCCCUCAUUCAUAAGAUUUGUGCAUUUGGAAUUGGUCAUUUUUCAGUUUAGCGCCAAUGCUUGAUAUGUGGCAAAAGAAAGCAGGAUUAACCAAAAUCCAUAUAGUCAUAUAGAUGUCCCCCUGGAGCCUAGCAGCUACUCUUCUUUAAACAUUUUCAGCAAGAAACCGAUAAAAUUGCAUUGUCCUCAAAGGAGAAAUUCCAGACUCUUGACCCUUGUAUGGUUGCAUACUCUAAGCUCACCCUAAAGAUUUUUCUUGAAAAACAAUCCCUACCUAAAAGCAGGUUUCAGCAGUGUUCAGCUCGAACUCCGAGCCCCAAACAGAGCUUUCCAUAUUUCACCCAGUGUAAAGCUACAUUGUGCUCCUUUAGAUUCUCACAGAAAGCAUUUUUUUCACCCUUCAUGGCUUAUCCUUCCCUCCUCCAAACUCCUCCACUGACCAGUCUAUCUGUGAGAAAAGUUAGCAGCCCCCUCAUCUACUAUCCAUUACUCCCCACAGGCCAGCAGUGUAACACCCCAGUGCUUCAAUCCCCUGUAGCUUCCACCCCUCAACAACCAAUUGUUCCAGUACAUCAGUGUGUCCCAUUCUCCCGACCUCCAAACACUCCAUCUCAGGCUGCUGCAUGCCCAUGUCCUCUCAGAACCUUGCUAACCCUGGUUCCUCUCUUUGUCUCUCUCCUUCUCACUGUGCAUGUGACUGUGUCUGCUGUGACUGACCAGGGCUCAAAGGGAAACCUGGGGGAGAAGGGAGCACCAGGACAGCCAGGUCUUUCUAUCAUUGGCCCACGAGGACCUCCUGGACAACCCGGUACUAGAGGAUUUCCAGGCUUUCCGGGCCCCAUUGGCUUGGACGGGAAACAUGGACAGAAUGGUCCAAAGGGUGAUACGGGUCCUCGUGGUCCUAAAGGAGUACCAGGUGAACCUGGUCCAAAAGGAGAGAAGGGUGUAUGUGGUGACUACACUCACAGGCAGAUGUUACCCAUCACCGUCCGCAACAUGCCCUCAAUAAGCCCUCUAAUCCUAAAGCGCCUCAAGCAGGGCGAGCCCGGAGCCCAAGGACCACCGGGACCUCCUGGCCCCCCGGGGCCUCCAGGGACUCCUGGAAUAACUGGUGCUAGUGGGCCUCCGGGAAAACCCGGAGAACCUGGAAAACCUGGAAAAGACCCAAAGAUGCUACCGGGGCUGAAGGGUGAACCUGGUGUACCUGGACAAAAGGGUGAUCGUGGUGAAGCCGGUCCAAGUGGACCUGAAGGCCCCAAGGGAAUUAAAGGAGAUGAAGGAAUUAAGGGAGAGAAAGGCGAGCCUAGUAUUGCAGGAACUGGCAUUAAAGGAGAACCAGGUGCCCCAGGACAAGAUGGGCCCAAGGGUGAGAAAGGUGAUGAAGGCAUAAAGGGUGAUCCUGGCCAGGAAGGCCCGACUGGACCAAGGGGUCCAACUGGGGAGCCAGGAAAAACUUUAAUCAACAACAAUGAAAAUGAUAUUCGCAAUGUGCAUUUAAUGGGCCCUCCUGGUCUACCUGGACCUCCAGGGCUUCCUGGCACCCCCGGUUUGAAGGGUGAUGUAGGACUUCCAGGUCCCCCUGGUCUUGAUGGAGAAAAGGGUCCAAGAGGAAAGCCAGGAGAACAGGGACCCAUCGGCCCUCCUGGACCUGAGGGACCACGGGGAGAAGGAGGACUCAUGGGCUUGCCUGGGAAAAAAGGAGACAAGGGAGACAUGGGCCCCUCAGGAUCACCUGGUUUAGAUGGCCCUACUGGAGAAAAAGGGGUUUCAGGGCCCCCUGGUCAUAUUGGAUUGCCAGGCCCAAUGGGUCAAAAAGGUGAGCCUGGGGAGAAAGGAGAUAUAGCAGAGCUGGUCUAUGGGCCCGCUGGACCUCCAGGACCUGCAGGGCCAGUUGGGCCAAUGGGACCUCCAGGUUUGUCAGGACCAAAGGGAGAACCAGGUAUAGGCCUGAGAGGAGAAAAGGGAUCACCUGGACAGAAAGGAGAGAAAGGAGACAGGGGCCAUCUUGGACUCCCUGGGGCUCAUGGUUUAGACGGCAGGCCUGGUCCAGUGGGUCUGAUAGGACCAGCUGGAGUGCCUGGGCCUGCAGGACCAAAAGGAGAAAUGGGGGAAAAGGGUGAUAUGGGAGUAGCUGGACCAAUUGGGCCUCAAGGCAUCCCUGGUUUAGUAGGACCACCAGGAUUAAAAGGAAACCGGGGGGAGAGGGGCAAGAAAGGUAACAGGGGGGCCAAAGGGGAUAAGGGAGACCAAGGAGCCCCAGGAUUAGAUGCCCCGUGUCCGUUGGGUGAUGAUGGUUUGCCAGUACCAGGGUGUUGGAAUAAAUGACGUUAAUUCCUGAAUGCGACGUGUGGUUGUAAAUAGAAUAUUUAUUUUUGUACUUUUUUGCCAUUAAUCUAUUAUAUUGAUGGAAAAUACAGCAAACCGUAAAAAUACUGGCAGGACUUGUGUACAGAUGUUUAUUUUUAUUACUGGUGGUAAUGUUGUUUAAGUAAUGGACUUUAUACUGUACCUAUGCAUUAUGUCAAAAUGUUUUUUGAUGGAGGAAGAAAUAUACUGUGGCAGCAUAUGCAUGAUAUUUGUGCAUUAUGUUAACUGUUAAGUGCCUAUUAACUUAUUGUAUCGGAGUGUUUUAAUGUGUUGUGUCGGACCAUGCUGCACUGAUUAGUGGGGCUGGAGUUACAAAUUGGCCUUGUGUGUAAGAGGAAACCCUUUGCUCUGAGAUUGACAUGUUCACACCACACCUAAUGAGCUUACACUGUAACUGCAUAUGUUUGAACAUUAAAAUGACUUAUUUCAAAGUCCAUACUACAUGCAGUAGACUUAUCAAGUCAGUUGUUUCAUAUGAGUUUCCAUGCAUAAAUUAUAAACACUUGCACUGCGUGGCUUGUUUGGUGAGCAUUUCAUACUGUUUUGUCCAUAUUCACCUGCCAUUUUUUGCCAAAUAUAUUAUUGCAAAAACUGAAUUAGUGAAUAGGUUUAUGAAAAGACAAGAAUGAUUGAAAUCUACACGCAGUGCUUUGCCUUGAUGGGCUUCAUGUAAAUAUGCCUAAAUCUUGCCCUUUGAGCAGCUAUAUAUUUUCUCUAUCUCUAUUCUUCUAUCUGACAAUGGAAUAGAUUAGCAUAUACAUGUAAUUUACAUACUUUGGCAAUGAAUUAAGUCUUAAUCUAUCCCUCUUAUAUAUUGCUGCUCACUGUCAAGCACAUCUUUGUGUUUGUUAAGCAUCAACCAUGAUUCAAAAGUUUGGGGUCAGUAUUUUUUUUUUUUUUAAGAUUAAAGUACUUUUAUUCAGCAAGAUGCAUUAAAUUGAUUAAAAAAUACUUUUAUAUUGUUGAAAAAAUAUUAUAAUUUAAAUAAUGUUCUUUUAAACUUUCUAUUUAUCAACAAAUCCUGAAAAAAAAUACAUCAGUUUCCAGAAAAAUAUUAAGCAGAACAAUUGUGUGACACUGAAGAUCGGUGUAAUGAUGCUGAAAAUUCAGCUUUGAAAUCACUGAAUUUUCUUUUUACAUUUUAAAAUAUAUAGUUAUUUUAAAUUGUACAAAUAUUUCACAAUGUUACUAAGUUUACUGUAUUUUGAUUUCUUAAAUGCAGCUUUGGUGAACAUAAGAAACUUGUUUCAAAAAUCGUACUGACUCCAAAUGUUUGAAUGGUAGUGUGUGUGUCCCAUUUUACCUCAUCCAUUAAGUAAAAAUGAAGUAUAAAUCCAACUUAGUAUUAAAAACAUGUCAUAUACAUCAUAAUUUGUUUAUUCCCAAGAAAUAUCAGGGUGAUAAAAAAGGUCCACAGCUAAAUAGGUUUUGUUGUAUUUGUUUUGUUCAUUCAGUGUUGAAGUGGAUUGUGUAGUUCUGCUGCUGCUUACAUUAACAAGCUAUUUGGGUUCCAAUUUGCCACUUAAUAUCAAGUUAAGCAUGGUUUGUAAUAAUCAAUGUCUAUAAAAUCUUUAUCUGUCUGUAAUACCUCAUACUAACAUGUGCCUUAAUGCUUUUACUCUGCCAAAGUAGUUUUGAGACACAUCAACAUUGUCAAAGAAGCUAUGCUGUCAACAUGAGGAAUAUAAAAUAAUAAAUGGCUGUAAAAGCCAAAACAUUUCCUAA